GCGUCAAAGUCAUGUUUGUUUCCCGAUUUGCGUUUAUUUACAAAUAAUAUUAAAAAAGAAUUGAUGAUAAAAAACCUUAGCUGUGAUAUUUUUCUAUAUUAUGUAGUUAGUUUCAUAGUACAACAAAAAUGUCUGUUCAUUGGAGUUCAGAGAUCAUGAAAUGGGAAUACAGAGAAUUGCAGGCCACGGCUAUGUCUGUUGAUUAUUCAGGGAAUAACGUGCUUUUAGCUGGACGUAGAUGGCUCGCAAUUAAACAGCUAACUAUUGAUGAUGAUACUGGGGACAUAAUAAAAAAAUAUCCACGACAUAGCAAAUACGAUGCUGCAGGUGCCGAAUGGUGUCAGACAUACCCGGGACAAAAGUUGUGUGCCAUAGCAAGUAAUCAGCGUGUAGAUGUAUAUGAAUGGAGAGCAGGCAAUGACUUGACUUGUAUAUGUUCAUUGAAGGGUCACACUCGUGUAGUUAGUGACACACAUUUCCACCGACAGGAUCACAAUUUAAUAGCCACAUGUUCUAUAGAUACAUUUACUCAUUUAUGGGAUCUAAGAGAUUCAAGGAAACCAGUAGUGUCACUUUGUGCUGUUGCUGGUGCUUCUCAAGUGCAAUGGAAUAAAGUAGCCUCACAUAUAGUUGCCACUGCUCAUGAUGGAGAUAUUAAGGUUUGGGAUUAUCGUAAGAAUUCAGCACCUCUGCAUUAUAUAUCAGCACACCUUUGUAAGAUUCAUGGAGUGGAUUGGAGUCCUCACCAUGAAUAUCAACUAGUCACUUCAAGUCAUGAUGGAAGCAUUAAAUAUUUUGAUAUCAAUAAUGCUAGAAGGCCAGAAAAUGUGAUAAUGACUAACUUUCCUGUAUGGAGAGCCAUUUAUACUCCAUUUGGUAGUGGGCUAUUGACAAUUGGUGUGGGAUGGGGAGGUUUACCCAGGGUAGAACAAGCUGGUGUCAUUGGAAUAUGGAUAGAUGGCACAUUAACUCAUAGGCUGGCUGGCCACACUGAUACUGUUCAGACAAUGGUGUGGAGGCCCAAUACUCUGCCUUCCAACUACCAACUAAUUACUUGGGGAAGAGAUCAAACACUUAGGAUAUGGACUAUGCAUCCUUCUCUUCUAAAAAUGUGUUCCCAUUUUCUGCCUGAUGAUAUGGAAAAUGAGGAAGAUAACAUUAGUGAUGCAAGCUAUGCAUCUACUAUAAGUUCAAUGAAUGAUAACAAAGGUCAGGAAAUUCAAAUGAACAAAAUUGUACAUAAAACACCCACCUCCAUAGAUGAAGAAUUUGAAUCCAUAAGGGAAAUGGCCAAUAUUGAAGUAACAGAUAUGAAUAUUGAAACGCGGACGUGUCAGAUACAUUCAGAGCGCAACGGAUACAUUGCUAACUUGCAAGUUACGUUCCCGAGAAAUGUGACUGAACAAACAAUACCCAAGUUCUCAUGGUUGUCGGGGACGAAUGUGGAUAGUGCUACCACAAUAAAAAUAUUGCAAGCUAUCAACAGAACUGCGUAUCGUAAGAAGAAAGAAGGGCAGAGAUGCUUGCUGUACUGUUUAAAAACAUUGGCAACAUCAAUUGAUGAGAUUCCAGUCAAGUCGUCCGAUGAUUCAGAUUCAAUGAAAUCAAGCCAAAGAAGUCAGUCUGAGAGUGAAAAUGCAGGUGACUCUUGCAUCCCAUUCCCUCGUACAUGCAGUGCUAAAUGGUGCGGCGUUAGCACACUAGUCGUAUUCAAUAGACCACCCAACGCCCGGCGCUUGUCUCUUAAACACGAGAGUGGGACGCCGAGGUCUAUGUCGUCCCUGUCUCUGACUCCAGGCCUGUUUGGAGCCGGGUACAGUUCUGUGUCACCACACGCCACUACCACUCCCUCGCCAACAAACGCCUCUGGUUUUCCACAAUUGCACCAUAGACACGCGUCGAAUUCUAUCACUACAUUCUAUUUUCAAGAUCGUUGGAAGGCUCAAAGUCGCCGCGCGGGUAGUAUGCGCAGUCGCGGCAGUAUAUCCGGCUACUCAUCGCCUCGCGUCGUCCUGUACUCAGCAGACAGUAUGUUCCCACUCAACAGAACACUUGCCGAAAAGUAUAUUAUCAACGCCGACAAUCCAGUAGAAAUGUGUGAGCACAACGCCAAAGUGUCAGCCGAUGAGGGCGAAGAGGAAUUAUCUCACUCUUGGACGCUCGCGGCGCUCGUGGCGAAGUCCCUAAACGUCCAGCCAGUGGACCACCUUCUGUCGAGCGAGGAGACUAUGGGCUGGGCGGGUCAUCCGCUGUGCUGUAACUUACUUCAAACUCUAAUAACACAUUAUGCCAAAGCAUUGGACCUACAAAUGGCGGCCAUGCUAACUUGUGCUUUUGCCGUAUUCAACGACUCGAGCAGUUCCAGUUCCCAAUCUUCUAUUAGUACGUCAAGUUAUGGCAAUAACACGUCACCAUACAAUACAAUAAACCAAUACAGCGAAAUAAGCGCUGACGGUUGGACACUCCCAAUAAUUCUGCGCAGUAAUUCAUGUUCUGAAGCGGAGAAUUUGAACACGGACUACUCUCUGAUGAAGUCGGAUAGGAAUUCCGCGUGUGUGCUCGACGAAGCGACUGUACACCUGUACCAUUGUUUCAAGAGAACGUAUGCGGACGUUCUCAAUCGAUGGCAAUUGCUAUAUAAACGCACUGAGGUGAUGAAGUUAGUGCGUUGCAAGUACGACAUCCAGUACGAGGGCGAAGCGUCGUGGGAGUGCGGGCGGUGCGGGCGGUGCGGGCGCAGCACGCGCGGCGCCGCCUGCCCGGCGUGCCGCCGCCUCGCGCUGCACUGCGCCGUGUGCGCGCGCGGCGUGCGCGGGCUCGCCGUCGCCUGCGCGCUCUGCACGCACGCGGGCCACGCGCGCCACAUGCUCGCCUGGUUCGCGCAGCACGAUACUUGUCCCACGGGAUGCGGGUGCAAAUGCGUGAUGGAAGGAAACUCGGGAUGGAAGGGCGUUAAAUAUGGAUGAAAUUAAUUAAAUUGCACGCACUGCCUAUUUGUAUAUUGUUACGUUUUAACUUAUAGUAUCGGCUAGGAGGAUGAACUUUAAAAAUCUUAUUUGUAAAGACUGUACCAUAAAUUUUACACUGAAUAAAAAC